AUGGAGUCGCUUCGCAUGUCCGUGCAGGAGACCGUGGUCAAAGAGGUCGAUGCCGUGUUCUCGGGCGUGAAGGGCCUCUUCGACGCGCUCGUGGGCGCGAGCAACAGCAUCUUCGCGGAUGCGAAGGCGAUUCCCGGCGCAGAGGGCGGCUCUGGCCUGCAGGAUGCCAUCGCCUCGGCUGUGUGCAACGGGCAGGGCGCGAUGAUGGGGGAGAAGCCCUUCCUCUGCUGCGUAGGGGGUGGCUCGCCCGCGGCGAAGGUGGGCGCUGGCUGGGACAAGCUGAAGAAAGGGAAUGUGGAGAUUGAUCUGCCAAAGUUCGAUACGGGGAAAUUGCCCGCCAGCCACCGGCGUGCCAUCGAAAAGCUAAUGGGGCAUGCGCAGACGGCCAUCGACAUCGCCGCGAAAGCGUUCAAGCAAGUUUCGGGGAAGAUCGCGAAGGAAGAAAUUGACAACCCUUCGGAGAUCUUUCACGAAGUGAUGAUGUGCGCGGACAAUGUCAAGAUUGCGGACCUCAUAGUGAAGGUCAUUUCGUGCGUCUUCGCAACUUUCACUUCCAUCGCGAAGGCAAUCAAGGGGGGCUUUGAGCACGGCCACAAUGCGAUCGAGGCAAGGGUGGCCCCCAUUAGCAAGGCUCCUAAGAUGGAGCAGGCAAUGGCGGUCUAG